AUGAAGACGGGAGGCAUGGUGCUGCUGUGCAAGGUGUGUGGGGACAUCGCCUCGGGGUUCCACUACGGCGUGCACGCCUGCGAGGGCUGCAAGGGCUUCUUCCGGCGCAGCAUCCAGCAGAACAUCCACUACAAGAUGUGCGUGAAGAACGAGAGCUGCCUCAUCAUGCGCAUGAACCGCAACCGCUGCCAGCACUGCCGCUUCAGGAAGUGCCUGUCCGUGGGCAUGUCCCGGGACGCUGUGCGUUUUGGGCGGAUCCCCAAACGUGAGAAGCAGAGGCUAUUGGACGAAAUGCAGAGCUACAUGAACAGCCUCAACGAAUCGGCUUCGAUGGAGAUCGACUGCUCCCCACCGGAGGCCCCGCCCAGCCCGGGGGAGAGCCAAUCAGAGGAGGCCAUCGGCGCCAUCUCCAGGGCAUACCGGGACAUCUUUGUGAGCGGACAGGACCGGCUAGGGAGGAGGGGCACCACCCAAAGCAGCAGCAGCAGCAACAACAACAACCACUCCCCCGUCUUCCAAAAUAGCCCCCGUCCCGAGUCAAGCCACCCCCACGCCCACCACCAAGGGUACCCCUCGUACCCCACCUCUUUCCAAACAGCUGCCCACCGAUGUCCCAUGGCGCCACGUGACCCCAACCCUGCUCUCCCAUUUGUCGACAACAGUCGCUAUGGCUACCAGCCCUCCACUUCCUCCAAUCAGAGCCAGUGCCCAUCAGGUGUGGGCCCGCCCCCUCCCACCUACCCUACUAACUACAACGGCUACCCACUGGCUGAGACUGUGGGUCAGAGUUCGUGCCCCUGGAGGAUUGGCGGUGGUGCCAAAGUGCUGGCGUGCCCUCUCAACGCGUGUCCUGUGGCGCCAGCCGGACUGUCCAGCCAGCAGGUGUGGGAGUCGUUCUCCCAGUGCUUCACGCCGGCCGUGCGGGAGGUGGUGGAGUUUGCCAAGAGCAUCCCGGGUUUCCAGAGCCUCAGCCAGCAGGACCAGGUCAUGCUGCUGAAGGCCGGCACCUUCCAGGUACACAGCACCUCACUCCCCCAUAAGCAAACUCGUACAUGGCAAAUGCGAAAGCCUCUGGAAAAAACAAACCCAGUAAGUGGAAUCCAGAAUGUAACCAAGCCACCCUCAGAAAACACAAAAGGGCCUCAAACACAACGGAUCACACCUCUGACCCUUGUGCCCCUCUCUCCCGCCGCAGACCGCUCAGGGAUCGUGGACGUGGCCGCGGUGGAGCAGCUGCAGGAGGGCCUGAUCCGCGCCCUGCGCACGCUGGUGACGCGGCGCCACCCGCAGGACACCGCGCUCUUCCCCAAGCUGCUGCUGCGGCUGCCCGACCUCCGCACCCUCAACAACCAGCACUCCGACAAGCUGCUCGCCUUCCGCAUCGACCCCUGACCCCCGACCCCUGACCCGCCGCCCACCCCACUGGGGCUGUACGCAUGGGGAGGGGGGAAGAAGAUGUUUCAAAACAGAUUACUUCCCAGGUGAAAGAACAAACAGUUGGACGAACUCUUUGCUCAGAGACCGUGGACAAUGCCCUUGGUUCCUAUCCUCAGUAAUUCUGAACAGCUUCCUUUGGCGUGGCACUGUCUGUACAACAUCAUAUCACCACCAAACCUCCCCACCCCACUGUUUUUCAGGGAGGUAAGGGAUGGGGCCCUCUUUCUGAACUGUAACAGCCCCCACUCCCACAAGCCCAUUUCUGCGAGGUGAGACUCUUCCACUGGACUAAAGGGGAAAAACAUCUAGAAGACCAAAAGCAUCACAGGACCACAGAUCCUGAAGCUGAACAUUGCUCUUCUCUGCCUCAUUCCUCCUCUUUCUUCUCAGUCCCUCCUCCCACAGACCAGAGAUGGGGUUCAGAUAACUGGGCCUGCUGGCAGCCAGAGAGAAACUUCUUCUUAUGGACAAAACACAGCCUGUGUAGUUUGAAAGGGAAUACACACUAUAUAUAUACAGUAUAUGUGUGCGUAUUUGUUUCUGGUGUGUAACAUAGAGCUGCAUGGAAAGGUUAUUGAAUAAUUAUGUGUUUGGGGAGGGGUUAGAAUGAUGUUGAUGAUGACUGAAGUGACUGACAGCAGUGAAACUUUGAAUGGAUCAAACAAUCAUGAAAGCUAUCAAUUCGCCUGUUCGGAAAGAGCAAAGAAAUUAUUCACCUUACAAUUACUGUAUUACACAUGUGUAAACACCUACUCUUUUAAAUAGUCUAUAUCACUCGAUCGUGUGAUCAGGCAACUAGUUAAGGCAGGGAAAACAAUGCGUAGAUUGUUCCCCUAAUCAAUCACCAUUUAAUUCCUCCUAGUCAAUGGGAUCAGUUCCUUAGACAUGCAGCUCUAUUGCCUUGCUUGACCGGUCAGGUUGCACAUUCAGUGAUACACGAAUUGGAGGAAUUUUCAGAGCAGGUUCUGCCCCCAAUGCAUUGUGGGUUGGUGUUACUUUAAUUUUGUAAAUAUGAAUUCCAUUUUACUCCAGUCCACCCCUCCCCCUCCGAUCUUCGUUAGAAACUGGACUGGGAGUACUGGAUUGGAAACACGGGAAAGAGCUAAGAUCCAUGAAGAAGAGGAGAGAAGGGACCCCUUCCCCCCACAGAAAGGGACCUUGAGGAACUCUGUUGAGGAACUCUUCUUCCUGUGUCUGGAGUUUGUGAUUCUGGACCCUUGAUGGGUGCUCAUAUAAAAAUGAGCUGGCUGUAGGACUCAGGGGAGGUGUCUCAAAUCCCGAGUGGACAUUAUUCUGUCAACAGACUUAUAUUCUCGCCUGCCUGUAUAUUUUGUACAUUUGUUUCUCUUUCUUCGGUUCCUUCUUCCAUCGGAUCAUUAUAAAGACAAAGUUACAGACC